CUUCUCGUAUUAGGUACACGAGGCAGACUACUGGAUCAGCCUAUCAACGUCUCCCCGCUUCCUUUGUCUCUCUGAGACCGAGAUCGGCACACCUAUCAAACCAGGAAGAAAAAGGAGAACAUCUCCGAAGGGGUCGUAACAAAGGAUUGAGGUCGCCCCUCUGAGCACACUCAUAUAAUUUCACAGAGGCUCCCUGGGAGGCGGGGCGCAACUAGGAGGCUUCGUUGUGUUGGCUGGUGCCACCAGCUGUCCGCUCAUUUCCGCUUCUACCCUCGCACUUGCGCAGUCUGUGGCGGAGCUGACAGGAGCGAGGAACGAGGCUUCGAACGAGUCAUCCCUCCGUCGCUCUUCCUCCCGCCAUGUCCGCCUCCCUCCCGGGCAAUCGCGAGCUGCCCGAGUCCCAGUACGACCUAAACACAUAUUGGGGCCGUGUGAGGCAGACGACGACCAUCACGGAUCCCAGGACCCUCUUUACUGGACAGCAUGGCCUCGAACAGGCGAAGCAGCUGCUGGUGGCGUACAAGAAGGGCGACAUCAAGGAUAUGACACCCGAGCUGUGGAAGGCUAAGAAGAUCGUUGACUCUACACUACAUCCCGACACUGGAGAGCCCGUCCUCCUACCCUUCCGCAUGUCCUGUUUCGCGCUGUCGAAUCUGGUCGUCACGGCCGGGAUGCUCACGCCGGGCUUAGGGACCACCGGCACCAUCCUCUGGCAGAUCGCGAACCAGUCGCUCAAUGUGGCCAUCAACUACGCGAACGCGAACAAGUCGACGCCGCUAUCGACGGCCAAGAUCGCGCAGUCCUACUCCCUCGCCGUCGGCGCGUCCUGCUCCGUCGCCGUGGGCCUGAACGCGCUCGUGCCGCGGCUGAAGCGGUUCUCGCCGUCGGCGCGGCUCGUGCUCGGGCGGCUCGUGCCCUUUGUCGCGGUCGCGUCAGCCGGCGCGCUCAACGUCUUCCUCAUGCGAGGCGAGGAGAUGCGCACGGGGAUCGACGUGUUCCCCGUGCGCUCGCAGUCCCCCGGCGGGGACGAGGGCGAGAGCGCCCAGAGCCUCGGCAAGAGCCGGCAAGCAGCGACGCUCGCGGUCGCCGAGACGGCCGUGAGCCGCGUGCUCAACAGCAGCCCCAUCAUGGUCGUGCCGCCGCUGCUCCUCGUGCGCCUGCAGCGCACCGCCUGGCUGCGCGCCAACCCCCGCUACGUCCUGCCCGUCAACCUCGGCCUCAUCCUCGGCAUGAGCUUCCUCGCCCUGCCGUUCGCGCUCGCCGCGUUCCCCCAGCGUCAGCGUGUGCGCGCCGACCGUCUCGAGGAGGAGUUCCACGGCCGCGGCGGCGACGAGGGGAUGGUUGUGUUUAAUCGCGGGAUCUGAGGAGGGGCGAGGUGCCGAGUCGGCCGGCAGUGUCGUAACCGAGAGUGUAAGUUACCUAGGUCAGCUCUCGAGGACCAGCGCCAGCCGUAGUGGUAGUCAUAGUAGUAGCAGUAGCAGCGGCACCGUUU